GCCUCGCGCGGCACUUUAAAGUAUCAGUUAUCGAAACACUUAAACACGGUACCGGUGUACCUUAGAGAAUUUCUUAAAUUUAAUAAAAUGGUGCAGUAUAAAAUAGUAAUGGUUCGUCAUGGCGAAUCGGAGUGGAACGAGAAAAAUCUUUUCUGCGGCUGGUUUGAUGCUAAACUAAGUGCAAAAGGUGAGCAAGAAGCAUUAAGUGCUGGUAAAGCUUUAAAAGACGCUGGAUAUAAAUUUGAUGUUGCCUACACUUCUGUAUUAACAAGAGCACAAAAAACUUUAUCCAACAUACUUGAACAAAUCCAGCAAACUGAUCUUAAAGUAAUAAAAAGCUGGAGAUUAAACGAAAGGCAUUACGGUGGAUUAACAGGUUUAAACAAAGCUGAAACUGCUGCGAAGUACGGAGACGCUCAAGUCCAAAUUUGGAGAAGAAGUUUUGAUGUUCCCCCACCUCCUAUGGAAAAGGAUCAUCCUUACUAUGACAUAAUCUUAAAAAAUCCAGAAUUUGUUGAUGGCCCAUCAGAAGAUGAAUUUCCAAAGUUUGAGUCGUUAAAAUUAACAAUUGAAAGAACGUUACCUUUUUGGAAUGAUGUCAUUGUUCCUGAAAUUAAAGCGGGAAAGUCGAUUUUAAUUGCCGCCCAUGGUAACAGUUUGCGCGGUAUUGUUAAGCAUCUAGACAAAAUGACUGAUGACCAAAUUAUGGCCCUUAACCUACCUACCGGAAUUCCGUUUGUGUACACUUUGGAUGAAGACUUAAAUCCUGUACCAAACGGUAGCUUGCAAUUCUUAGGGGAUGAAGAAACCGUUAAAAAGGCUAUGGAAGCGGUUGCAGCUCAGGGAAAGUCAAAAUAGGAUUAUUAAUUUUUUAUAUUAUUUUAUUUAAUACUUUAAUAAAUAUAUACGCAACA